AUGGAUUCUUUCUUGCUAAGCGAUAACAAACUAUAUCUAGCCGAAAACUGCGUGCGAUCAUUUACAACUCCAGUAUUCAUUCCAGCCAUCGUGUUCAGCGCCAUUUCUGGCCUAUUAGCUGUAGCCUUCUAUGAAAAGUUUGUUCGAAAAGAGUAUUUUCUUCCGUAUCUCUAUUUCGGGAAUACUGCAUUGAUGUAUGCUGUGGCCCAUAUAUUCCUCAUCAUCUUCAUAUCUGAAGACAAUAUUGUAGAGGACUCAUUGGAAAAUAGACAAGCAAACCUUGAUAAUGUCGAUUUGACACAUGAAUUCGCCCUGUAUACUUCUUUGAUCCUUACAUCAUUAGGCUCAUUUUUCAUCAAUUUGGGAUCCUUUCGAUUACUUGAAAUUUGGGUGCGUCGAGGACAGCAUAAAAACACUCAUCUUGCUUCGUACUACCUCACUGUCAUUGCUAUCUUUUUAUCCGUAAUACCCGUCGUGUUCUCUGUGGCUGGUGAUGUUGUGCUAAUCCAUGAAUCAUCUCAAGAGCACGAGAUGGCAGAUCAAGUCAAGGUGGCCCUAAUAUUGAAAUUGAUGGGAGCAUUAUGCAGCAUUAUUCUGGUACUGCUGUACAUAGGUUUAUGCGUCUGCUACUCUUGGUCAGCAUAUAUAUCAAAUACAUGUGAAAAGGCUAUUGGAAGAAGGUUGUUGCAACCUACACUUAUGCUAUCCAAGCCUGCGAUAGUAGACCAAACAUUCAAGCGUGUUGUGGCUUCAUUAUUAAUGCUUGGCUUACUGAUAAUGCUGCGGUUUGUUUACGACUUUUACAUUGUCGUAGCCAUCAUCAACUUGGGCCCUAUUUGGGAUGUCUAUACCUACCUGGUACUGGUUGUGGCUGACGGUGUCAUUCUACUGAUGGUCGCAUAUUCAUCUAGCAUGACACUUGUUAGUGAACCUGUAAUGUAUGCUAAAAUGCGACAGAAAUCAUUUAAAAACUACUAUUACUCUAAAAGCGAGGUGGUAGCAGAUAAAUCAACAUUAGCGCUGAGGCCACCACUAACAUACCACCAAAAAGAGGUGAUACCCCUUUCUCGAUCUCCAAUAGAUUUGGAAGAAAAAUACCCUGCGAAUCGAUGA